AUGUUGAAACAAAGUGCUUUAAUUACCAUAAUUUUUCACGUCCUUUUACGUUAUUGCAAUUCUUCAUUACCCGAGGAUAUUGGCAGUGUGUCAGACGAGUGCUUAACAAAUUCCUUGGAAACUUCCAUGUACUGUCGUGGCUCACGAGCAGUAAAUAAUAUUAUCAAUAAUCUAAGUAAAACCGAUAAACCAAUUGUCAUUGUACGUGGUUUGGAAAUUGUACCAUCAACAACAAAUAGCCAUAAUAAUACCGCGAAUAAUAAUAAUAAUAUAAAUAAAAUUCAUAAUAAUAAUAUUAAUGGUGUAGCGGGUGUGGGAGAAGGCGAUACAGAUGACACCUUCCUUGGACGCUUCUCCUACUAUUUGCGUACACAUGAGUUGAAUAUUAAAUUUUCCGAUUUGAUGUCGUCUGAUGAAAGUGAACGUUAUUUAGCACGUGAUCCAGAGCAGAGUGGAAUGCAAAUGAAUCCAUUGAAUGAAGCACGCAAAAAAGAUAAAGGCAACGGCAUGAUAAUGGCACUCGGCUUGAUGAUGUCCAAAAUGAUGGCUGUGAUGGGUCUGGGUGGCAUUGGUGCAUUGGCUAUGAAAGCGUUGGGUGUUGCAAUGACUGCAUUAAUGAUGGCUGCCAUGGUUGGAGUAAAAUCCUUGGGACAACAGGGUCAAGAAUCAUCGCACAGUGUGCAGUAUGUAACCGCGGAUGGUCAUCACCACAGGAGGAGGCGACGUCGUAGCAUCAACAACAAAAAUAUUAUUACUGGAUCAGUGUCAUCUUUGUCUAAAGAGAAUGAUGUUAAAGUGGAACUACCAUCACUGGUCUAUAGAGGAUGGCAGAAAUGA